UUCUGUGGUGUUUUUUCCCUGGACAUCGGCUUUCUGUGCAUUGCAUUUUGGGAAUAGCGUGUCUUAUCUGAAGUUUUCAGACUGAUGUGAGUGAGUAAGGACUGCGUCAACAUCCGCAAAAACUCCUCUUCUUUGUGUGCAUCCUUCCCUCAGGAUCUCAGCCUCAGCAGAGGCUCAUUUCAAGCUAGAUAUUAAAGAUAAUGUGAAUGGCCAUUUGUUUGACUGAGGAUUGAUGUUUUUGCAAUAAGAAACGAUGGCACAUUCAGUCGUAAAAAUGUGUCUCGGUGUGCUUUUCUUUGGACUUUUGUUGUUCACGCUUCCUUCUGCGGGAGCCGAAGAAGAUGUGGAGGAGGAGAGAUCAUGUCAAGGCGCUUUCGACUUGUAUUUUGUCCUUGACAAGUCAGGAAGUGUCAAACACCACUGGGAUGAAAUCUACACUUUUGUUGAACAUUUGGCUGAGAAAUUCACCAGUCCUAUGCUGCGAAUGUCCUUCAUCGUCUUCUCAACCAGAGGGACCACAAUCAUGAGACUCACCGAAAACAGGGAGACCAUAAGAAAAGGCCUAAAUGUUCUAAGACGAGAGAUCCCAGGUGGAGAUACUUUUAUGCAUCUUGGUCUAGAAAAGGCAAACGAGCAAAUACACCAGGAAAACUUUGGAACUGCGAGUGUCAUAAUUGCAUUGACGGACGGUGAGCUUCAAGAACAUCAGCUGAUAGCAGCUCAACAGGAGGCAGCACGAGCUCGGGGAUUGGGUGCAAUCGUGUAUUGCGUUGGAGUUAAGGACUUCAAUGAAACACAGCUGGCUACCAUAGCGGACACCAGUAAGCAUGUGUUUCCGGUCUUGGGAGGAUUCCAGGCACUGCGAGGAAUGAUUGACUCGAUCAUCAAAAAAUCUUGUAUCGAGAUCUUGGCAGCGGAGCCAUCCAGUGUAUGUGCAGGAGAGUCUUUUCAAGUGGUGGUGAGAGGUAAUGGCUUUCGGCACGCCAGAAACAUAGACCAGGUCCUGUGCAGCUUCAAAAUAAACGACACCGUCACGCUCAAUGAGAAGCCUGCGAUUGUUGAAGACACGUUCUUGCUGUGCCCUGCGCCUGUUAUAGAUGAAGUGGGAAAGGUGGUGUACCUGCAGGUCAGCAUGAACGAGGGUCUGUCGUUUAUCACCAGCUCCGUGCACAUAACCACAACAGAGUGUUUUGAUGGGACGAUCCUGCUGAUCACCCUGCUGGUGUUGUUUCUAUUAUUGGCUCUGUUGUUCAUGUGGUGGUUCUGGCCGCUUUGCUGCACCGUAGUGAUCAAAGAGCCUCCACCUCCUCCACCGCCAGAGCCAGAGUCGGAUGAUGAGGACGGCAUGCCGAAGAAGAAAUGGCCCACAGUUGACGCAUCUUAUUAUGGUGGUCGAGGGGUUGGAGGAAUUAAACGAAUGGAGGUUCGCUGGGGAGGGAAGGGCUCCACUGAGGAGGGAGCGAAGCUGGAGAAACCCAAAAACGCGGUUAUAAAGAUGCCUGAGCAGGAGUUCGAACCCUUUGAACCCAAGCCCAGAAAAUCAGACAACAGGAAGCAAGCUCAAGACAGGAAGUGGUAUUCUCCCAUUAGGGGUAAACUUGAUGCGAUCUUGGCUCUUUUCCGCCGUGGAUAUGAUCAAGUGUCACUUAUGAGGCCACAACCAGGAGAUCAUGGUCGGUGUAUCAACUUUACACGAGUGAAGGAGGAGGCGGCGGCGGCAGCUAAAGCUCCUCCACGAGCUCAAAGCCCACCUCCACCUCCACCAGACUAUCAGCCGGUUCCCAGUCCAGUGUCCUCUCCUCCCAACAGCCCUCCUCCGAGAGGACCACCCCUAACCCAAUCUCCACCGGCUCCACCGGGUCCCCCACCCGCCCGAGUCCCGCCCGGACCCCCCUGUCCCCCUCCGUCACGGGCCCCACCCAGCCUCGACGGCAGACCAUGAGAGAAAGAUCCAGCCUCCAGUGCAAUUCAUCCCUACAGCCAAACAAAAUGCUCCUCUCGCCCAAAAACGCACGUGGUAUUUAUCGGUCAGGUUCGAUUAGGAUGUGGUGUGUAGUUUGUUGCUGGACAGCAAAAAAAAAAAAAAAGCAAAAA